AGAUGGAGGAGGAAGAUAAUGGAAAACAAGCGUCACAGCUGCGUGAUAAGAUAAAACGCAGAUCAGGGCAAGCCACAGAACAGAGAGUCACGGAAACGCAAUAAGGACCGCCAGCAUGUCUAUGGGUGUUGGAGACAGCUCUGAUCUUAUUCAUGGAGGGGGAGGCAGCAUACGUGUCUUCUGGCUUUCACGCACAGAUUUCGAGAAGAAGCUGCUCGUGGUGGUGUGUGUCCUCUCCAUCGCCGUAGUUGGCCUCACCGUGGGUAUUGCCGUACUCGCCUCACGAAAUACUGCUGCUUCCAGCCAGACCUUAUCGUUAGUGAUGUCAGAGGGACCACCUGACGCUCGUUCGCUCACGCCUACACCAACACCGACACUCAAACAAGCGGCCUCAUCAUCUCUCGAACAAACGGCGCGGCAUCAUCAGUCCACCCACACGCCUCCGCACACAGCUGCACAUCCACACACACAUACAGUGGUCGCUACAACUCAACAGUAACAUUCCCUUAUUCCAUUUAGCCUUCUAAGGUUCGUACUCGCUCAGGCGUAAAGGUUUUCCCUGAUGAAUGAGCAGAUGCUGUUCUAAAUUAAGAAGAGGACGUGGUGAGGCUGUGUGAAAUAUUAAAUUAAAUGAUCCGUAGGCUGCCACUGAAAGGAUUUAGUUGGCCAUCAUAAGUCCAGCGAAUUACCCCGAAGACGGCAGGUGGAUUGCACUGCCACAAGAACAACAAAAUGGAAGCAGGAUGAAACUGGUACCAUUUAAAAGGUAAAACCGUCAAGUUUCCUUCUGUUAAUUUUGGCAACCAUCAACGACGCUGUGCUAGGUCGCUUUUGGCAAGAAAUGAACUAGGUAUCAUUGGAUGUGUCAUGUAACCCGCGCCGCACACAUUGAAAAUCUGUAAAAAAAAAAGUUAAAUAAAAAUAAUUUCUUGCAUUUUUUAGCUCAGCUUUUUUUUUUUUUUUUUUUUAGUAUAGAAACUUCUAAAUAUUAGCUUUCAGGAAAUAUAAA